GACACUUGUUUGAUGUUCAGGGUCCUGAAUGGGUUUUGGAGUGAAGCGCCGUAAUUGGGGAGGGUGGGACUCCGGCAAGUGCGCUUUAUCCUUCCUCUCCAGACAAGCCAGGUACACACACCAGCUGACAGCUCACCGCAAACAACCUUCAGCCUAUCAACGAAUAACGACAUCCACCGCUGCAGCAGUUUCAGAGACGACCUGUAGAAUGAGUUACUACUCGGAUCCAGUUUCCUCCUAUCAGCCUCUUCAACCGCCUGACUGUCUGGGUGUAAUGAGGUCAAGUGGUAUGAUGGCAGUCACUAUGGUGCCACAGAUGCAGCCUCCUGUAGUGUGCCACCCACAAAACCCAACUCCAGCCAGACCCCUGUACGCCCAUCACAUCACCCUGCAGGAGGUCCCCAAUGGACCAGAAUACAGCAUCAACGAUCUGGAAUGUGCGGAUGUCCCUUUGCUCACACCAGGAAGUAAAGAGAUGAUGUCACAGGCUCUAUUGGCCACAUUCAGCGGCUUCACCAGGGAGCAACAGCGACUCUCCAUCCCUAAAGACCCACGGGAGUGGACAGAAGCCCAUGUGAGGGAAUGGUUAACCUGGACGGUCAACGAAUUCAGUCUAAAAAAUGUAGACUUUCAUAAGUUCAGCAUGGACGGGGCUAGUCUCUGUGCACUGGGUAAAGAACGCUUCCUGGACCUCGCACCCGACUUUGUGGGAGACAUCCUCUGGGAGCAUUUAGAGAUGCUGCAAAAAGAAGACCAGAAGCAUUUCCCCAUCAACGGUCUGACCUCCAGUUUCCAGGAAUCUCGCUAUCCCUCAGACUACUUCUUCAACUAUGGCAUAGAACAUCCACAAUGCGUCCCACCUUCAGAAUACUCAGAGCCAAGCUUCAUAACAGAGUCUUACCAGACCCUUCACCCGAUUAGCUCUGAAGACCUGCUGUCGCUCAAAUACGAGAGCGAGUAUCCGAAUGUUAUCCUGCGUGAUGCACCUCUCAAUCAGCUGCAGGGAGAUUACUUCUCGGUCAAACAGGAAGUGGUGUCACCCGACAAUAUGUGCGUGGGCCGCAUUAGCAGAGGUAAGCUUGGAGGCCAAGAUUCAUUUGAGAGCAUUGACAGUUUCGAGAGCUGUGAUAGGCUGACGCAGUCCUGGAGCAGUCAGUCGUCGUUUAACAGCCUACAGAGAGUUCCCUCCUAUGACAGCUUUGACUCAGAGGACUACCCCACUGCACUGCACGGACACAAACCCAAGGGUACCUUCAAAGACUACGUACGGGAGCGAUCGGACCUCAGCAAAGACAAACCAGUCAUCCCGGCAGCCGCGCUCGCUGGGUACACAGGUAGUGGACCCAUCCAACUCUGGCAGUUUUUAUUGGAGCUUUUAACAGACAAGUCAUGCCAGUCCUUCAUCAGCUGGACUGGAGAUGGAUGGGAGUUCAAGCUUUCCGACCCCGACGAGGUUGCACGUAGAUGGGGCAAAAGGAAAAACAAGCCCAAGAUGAACUACGAGAAGUUGAGUCGUGGUCUGCGCUACUACUACGACAAGAACAUCAUCCACAAGACGUCCGGCAAGCGUUACGUCUACCGCUUUGUGUGUGACUUAAAAAGCCUGCUGGGAUACACUCCCGAAGAGCUCCACACCAUGUUAGACGUAAAGCCUGACACAGACGAGUAAACUCUGGACAGGGGAAAGAGGAGAUUCGGGCUUAAAAACGCCUUCAGAUACCCUGAAAUUAAAACGGGGCAUCAAUUUUCAGCUCCUGUCACGUUCCAUCUUAACACCUAGUUGUGGUCAAGUCUUGUUCUGAGCUCAUUGGAGACGCGGUGACGAAAGGAAGCAUCAAAACAUUUACCAAAGUUUAUAAUGCGUAGACUUUGUGCGUCUGUAUUGUUUAAAGUUCAGGUAAAACUGCCAUUUUGACUCAGUAGCACACAGCAGACUGCGAAAGCAGGGAAAAACAAGGACUCCUGUUAGUACACACGUUGCCAAAAUCAAAGACAAGAGGAAUAUUGCAGAAAUAUUUACUACGACGUUGUUUUUCUGUUUCUCUCUCCUUGCAUACACAACACGAGGGAAGAGUUCUCAGCCGGACCAAAAUAACAAAAAGUUUUAUUUUUAUUUUUUUAUCAUUUCUUAAAUGUGCCAGUAUUAAUUUGUGGAGAUCACUUGUAUUAAGAUGCUGUUUUAUUGUGUCAUUUUUGUACAUUUCCAAAUGCAGAAAAUGAAGGGUUUUUUGAAGUCGAACCGUGCUUACACGUUCCCUCCUUUUUUAAGGUCAUUGUCGACUGCUCUCACCACAAUGUCUGUGCCUGAAAAGGCUGUUUUUGAUCAACCGAUCAUAACAGAUACCAAAGUCUCGCCUUUUUCAGUUGAAGGAGAUGCGUUUCAGUCAAACUGAGAGUUGGUGAGAGGCACGAUUGAAAACGGCCGUUGACUGCUCAGCAGUAACAGUCAAAGCACAUGCUCCACCCCUGCGUCUGUGGUAUUAAAACAGUGCCUGCGUUUAAGACUGGCAUGUCAUAUUAAGACAUCAAACAUUUCUUAUUUUUUGUACACUUAAUUUUUAACUUCAAAAUGUUGCCUUAAUUAGCACAUGGAAAAUUAGCCUGUAUAUGAACUUACUGUGUUAACGCAAGGUAGAUUGAAAGUGUGGGGUAGGUUACAACUUAAAUGGCAUUUACCUUUUUUUCAAUCAAAUAGUUGCUGGCAAUGUUAGACUGGCUCUUAGUUAGUGUUUACUGAAAUGAAAGCCAUAGAGGUGUUUAGGAACUUGACAAAGACGUGAUUGAAUAUCUUGUGUGCCUCUGCCAUGUUUAAAAGUGAAGUUCAUGUAAAGUCAGUGAGUCAGAGUAAGUGGGAAGUUUUGAAAGCAAAGAAAGACCAACUGGGCAGUUUCGUUUUGUUUUGAAAGAAAAUGGCUUUAGAAAGUGACCUUCGGCUGUUUAUUGUAUGAAAUGUAUUUCGAUUUUUUUUGUUGCAAUAGCGUUGAUGAUGUUCGGCUGGCACGGUUAGCUAAUACAAAUGCCGCUAUCAAUAAUAAGAUCUUAAUGCACAAUGGAAAAUGAAAGUUUGUGUUUUUUAUGGUUCGUUAAGAUGCAGUAUUAUAGACGUUUAACUGUUUUAGUCAUCACUGGUUGUACCAUUUAGGUCAAAGUUUACAUUACAGUUUCCAUGUUUACUUUAAACGCGAUUGCGCACAUAUUUGCUAUUAUGUACAUUCAUGUGCAACAUGGAAAUUGUAAUGUAAAUGUUAUUUUUAAAGUAAAAAAUAUUAUAGGCAAUAAAUAUUAUUUUGUGACUGCCACUGUGUGGGAAUGGCCUCACGGAUAAGACCUUGUGAGAAAGCCAAAGUAAAGUACGUUACAAGAAAGCAAAUAUUAUUGUUUACAGUCGUGUAAUGCUACCCAUGUGAUUGGUGUAGUGUUGGAAUUGUCUAUUUUUACAGAUAACAUUUCAUAAAGUUGCUAUUUAAAAAAAUAAAUAAAUAAGCCAGAUACAGCUGUUGUCUAAAUCUAUGAGAUUUUUGCAGAAAAUAAGUAUCUUUAAUUCAGUAUCUGUUAGAAACGGAUUGGUUGUCACACGUCUUACCACCAACGCCUGAUCAAACUGUUUAUUUUGUUAAAGAGUCCUGUCGAAAAUAAAAUGUAUUGGUUAGACAGCAUUGAUUGAUUGUUGUUACCCCUACAGUACUGUUAUGUGCUCUUAAACCACAUAUCACAUCGGGAUUUUUUUUUUUUAAUGCAGUCAUUGUCCCAAAUAUCUAUAAUAACUGCAAAGUGUGUGAAAAUGAGUACUUUUGACAAAUGCAUACAUGCAUAUACAUAAUAAUGUUUUUUAUUUCCCCACAGUUUUGCCUUAUUUUGUAUAUUUUAUAUUUCUGUAUUUUUUGUUACAUGAAAGUUUUAAUGUAUUUAGUUCACAAACAUUUGAUAUUUUUCAAUAAUUUAUAUUUUAUAAACUUUGAAAUAUAAAAUG